AUGACAACUAACGGCGCCACUGAUGCCGAUGAGAAAGUGGCUGAAAACGUUAAGGCUGACGUGAUUGACUUGGAGGAACAGCCGGGAGCUGACGUGGACGGAAAGGCUGACGUGGACAAUGUGGAUAAGGACGACGAAUUUGAUCUUGAGGGUGAACCUGAGGAUGUGGACGGUUCGCCGGGAAGAGCGGAGAACGCGAGUGUGCCGGGAACAACGGCGGAGGAUGCGAGUGUGCCGGGAACAACGGCGGGAAACACGGCGGAGGAUGCGGAUCAAGAGAUGCGAGUGCAGGAGCAGCGAGAUGCAGCUUUUGCUGCUCUGGCGGAGGAGAGGAAGAAAUGGCAGGAGGAGAAGGAGAAGAGCCGUGAGAAGGACAAGGCGAGUGGGAAGGGUAAGGAAGGGAGCGAUAAGGCGAGGCGUGAGAGCGAGAGGAAGGAGAGCAGCGACAAGGCUGAGAAGGAUAAGAAGGAGAAGGAGAAAGAGAAGGAGAAGGAGAAGGUGACGGAAGAGAAGAAAAAGGAGGAGGAGAAGGAGAACGAUGCGGGCAAGAUUAAGGAAGAGGCUCGAUCUGAAGGGGAAAAGGUUAAGGCUUCGGCCUCAACUCGUGAUACGCGCGCGGCCAGUGAAGACAAGUCGUCUGGAAAGCUAGCUGGCACCGAGGCUGCUCCUAGCGAGCCCGCCAGUAACGGAGCGGCUACAGCCGCUACAGCCGAGCCCGCUACUGCUCCCAAGGACGGCAAGUCCGACAAGACCCCGAGAUCCGGGGACGACUCGGGGGAGGCGGCGGUGCGCGUGAGCGCGGAGCUGCGCGGGCUGUGCGCGGGGAUGGACGCGGAGGGCCUGAAGCGCUACGUGAUGCAGAACCGGCGCGACAUUAGCCGCGUGCGCGCGGAGCUCCCGCACGCGCUCCCCCUCGCGCUCGAUCCCUGCCGCCUCGUGCUCUCCUGCCUAGACUCCUACAAACCCAAGGCCGUCGAAGCUUCCGCGGCCGGCAAGGAUAAGCGGCGCGAGCCCGUCGAGCCCACCCACGUGCGCGCCGUUUCCCUCCUGGUGGAAACCCUAGGGCAGGUUCUGGCCAAGCAGGCUAAAGCGGAGGGGGUUUCCGUCCCCGUUAUUGCGCCCUCGAUACAGGAGAAGGCGCGGGGGGUUCUGGAGAGGUGGGUGCGGAGCGGGGGGCCGCUGAGCAAGGCGGAGGAAGCUUCGUCGCUGGACGCGUGGCUGGUGCUGCAGGUGGCGGCGGUUUUUGGCGUGGCGCGGCAGGUGGACGAAGGCGCGCUGCUAGGGUUUGUGGCGGUGUCUGCGCGGCGCAAGCAGACGGCCGACAUGGUGAAGGCCAUGGGGCUCGUGGACAAGAUGCCAGGUGGGGAUUACACUGGGGGCUGGAGGAGGGGCGCGAGGUGGACGCCAUCUACCUGGCGCUCAACUCACACCCGCUCAUCUCUGCCUCCUUUUCUUCCUGUCGUCCUGUGUUUCUCUCGUGUUGUUGUGGCGGUUCAACCUGCAGUCGUGGUUGAGCGGCUGGUGAAGGAGGGGCGCGAGGUGGACGCCAUCUACCUGGCGCAUGGCGUUGACCUGCUUGACCAGGUUGACCCCGUUGACCUGCUCAAGCGCAACCUCAGGGAGAUCCGCACCCUGGUCUCCGCCAUGACCAAGAAGGACAAGUCGCUGCAGGCUGAGAACGAGGCAACAGUAAGAAAGAUCAGCAUGGUGCGGGCGCUGAUCCACUGCGUCUCACUUCCCGUCUCACCACUACCACCUUUCCUCCCUCUCAACCCUCCCCCCCCUAACGAGGCCACCUCACGGGAAAUCAGCAUGGUGCGAGCCCUGAUCCGAUGCGUGGACGACUGCAGUCUCAAGCCGCGCUUCUCCACGGACAACCUCACCAAGCGCAUCGAGCAGCUCGAGAAGAACCGCCACCUGCGCAAGCAGCAGCAGCAGGCUGCUGCGGGGCACUCAUUCGCUCUGUGUGUUGCCACUCCCUGUCACACCCCUGCCUCUGGUCGCCCCUGCUUUCUCUCACCCCUCGCCGUUCCCCCUCCCGUUCCCCCUCCCUCUCACCUCCCUCAGAACGAGGCAACCUCAAGGGAGAUCAGCAUGGUGCGAGCCCUGAUCCGCUGCGUCGACGACUGCAAUCUCAAGACUCUUUUUUCAACGGACCACCUCACCAAGCGCAUCGAGCAGCUCGAGAAGAACCGCCAGCUCCGCAAGCAGCAGGCGCAGGUCGCCAAGCGCGCCGCGCACGAGACGCGCGUGCAGCAGGCCAUGGCGGCGAAACGGCAGCGCCUUGCUACCGGCCCUGUGGGAGGCUUUGGUGGCGGCGGUGGUGGUGUCACGGCCUCCGGCUCGAACGCUGUCACUGUGGCGAAUCUGCGGGCGGCGGCGGCCGCUCGGGCCGUGGGCGGCGCGAGGGGUGGUGGUGCGAGGGGCGGCGGCGAUGGUGGGUUCAGCAGCGGGGGUGGUGGGGGGUAUCUUGGUGGUAGUGGUGGGGGGGGAGGCAGUGGUGGUGGUGCGAGGGGUGGUGGAGUGUCCUCGUCUCCCCGUUCGUACGGCCUGUCACGGCCUGGAGCAGCAUCACCGGGACGAGCAGGCGCAGGAGGAGGAGGUGGUGGUGGUGGUGGGGGGGGAGGGAGCAGCAGAUACGACCCGCCUCCUAGGUACAGCGGGGGAGGAGGGGGAGGGGGAGGAUAUACUGGCGGGCAGGGGCAGGUGCAGGUGCAGGUGCAGGGGCAGGGACAGGGGCAAGCAGCAUAUUCUCUUGGAGGGGCAGGUAUGGCUGGGGGAGGUGCCAUCUAUGCAACAGCUGGAGGGGGCCCAGGCAGCCUGGGGCAGGAGGUGGUAUAUGGGGUGGGAACCAUGGGGUCAGCGCUUACCUCACCAGGCGCGGGGGCAGGGUUAGGGGGAGGGCUGUAUGCUGCAGGGGGGGUGGGAGGCUUGGGGAGUGGUUUGGGGGGGACGGUGACGUAUGUGACUGAUGCAGGGGCUGGGCCGCAGCUGCUGGUGCAGAGGGGGAUGUAUGGAGGGGAGGUGGGGGCGGCGGGUACCACGGUGUAUUAUGCGGUUCAGGGCGACCAAGGGCAGGGGGGUGGGGGUGGGGGAGUGGGAGGUGGGGUGGGGGGAGCGCAGGUCAGUGCAGGACAAGCGACGUAUGACUAUCAGACUGGGUCGUAUGUUGGAGGGGGUUACCAGGGGGGUUAUGGUAGGUGA